UGCAUUGUAAACACGUGUUUCGUCAAUUGCUUAUGAAGUUCUUUUUCAGCUAGACUUCACAACGGAAAUCGAAGCAUGUUAAAGUUUGACCAGUGGCUACAGUAUGCGUCUUGAUGUUUAUGUGCACCGUUAAAGACUGAAUGUUCCAGGUUUUCCUGCCUGGUUUAACAUUCUGUACGAGGAGGAUGAAGAUAUUUACACGGCAAAACUGGGCGAGGAAUAUGAGGCGGGUGAUGUUAUAAUUAAAGUUUAAGAAAUGGUGAUUUGAAGGAGAGGUCAAAGAUGAAGAAGUUUGUUACUGGUCCACCUCCAGUUGACCCAAGGAAAAGUUAUGUCAGUCAAGGAGAAGAAGAUCAAAUGGAGAUACAGGGUUACACAGUCAGUAAGUUGAAAUGCAUUGUUGUUUACUUCUUCAUCUUCAUCACAGUGGGCCUGUUACGUCUUGUAUUUCACUGGAUGCCACAGUGGUAUGUCUGGAGUACCCAGAGGAAGUGCAGUCUCGCUGAAGCUACAACAGUGCUUCUCAGAGAUCAGUACAGACAGUGGUUUGUUGCUAAAGUUGACACAAUGACAAAGGAUGGAACGAGAGUGGCUGUGUUGAAACCAUCAGUAUCAUUUUCAAUUCCAUCAAAGUCUCGACGUAGACGAGCUCAGUUGUUUCUCAACACAGGACAGCGGGAUGAAAAUCUGAUCCGAUACUUUGUUGUGAAACGGGUAAAGUUCAUAUGGAACUCUGAAGAAGACAAAUACCAGAAACUUAGAGGGCUAGAAGUUAACAAUACAUGUUCAUAUUUCCAUGAGGCCAAAGGUUUGAACUAUGAACACCAAAGAAAAAGGAGAGUGUUUUAUGGGGCAAACAGUAUUGCAGUUCAUGUUACACCAAUUCUUUCACUACUAUUUAAAGAGGCAUUAUCACCAUUCUAUGUGUUCCAAGUAUUCAGUACAAGUGUAUGGUUUGCUGACGAGUAUUACUACUAUGCUUCAUGUAUCAUCAUUAUAUCUGUGAUAUCUUUGUCUACAUCCAUCUAUCAAACCAGAAAGAUGCAGAGGGCAUUGAGGAAUACCAUUCAGACAUCAACAGUUGUUACAGUUUGUAGAGGAAAUGAUGAGUAUGAAGAUAUACCAUCAGAUGACCUGGUACCUGGAGAUGUUAUAGAGGUACCUCAUCACGGCUGUGUGAUGCAGUGUGAUGCUGUACUCAUAAGUGGAAACUGUAUCGUCAAUGAGAGCAUGCUUACAGGUGAGAGUGUGCCUGUAACAAAGACCCCAUUACCUGACACAAGACAUUCUACCUCGUCUCGUAAUGCAGUGUUUAACAUGAAGGAGCACAGUAAACAUACCUUGUUCUGUGGUACCCAGGUGAUACAGACACGUUACUAUGGCAACCAGAAAGUAAGAGCUGUUGUUGUGAGAACAGGGUUUCUCACCUCGAAAGGAGAGCUGGUUCGGGCCAUACUGUAUCCAAAACCGGUAGACUUUAAAUUCAACAGAGAUACUUACUUCUUUGUGGGUGUGUUAGCUUCCAUUGCUGGGAUAGGCCUUAUCUAUACUGUGAUAUUGAAGGUACAGAGAGGAGAUGCUGUAGGUGAGAUUAUCAAGCGUUCCCUGGACCUGAUCACUAUAGCAGUACCUCCGGCUCUCCCAGCUGCUCUCACUGUUGGUAUCGUGUUUGCUCAGGCACGUAUGAAACGCAGCGCUAUCUACUGUAUCAGUCCAAGAAGCAUCAACAUUUGUGGUAGCAUCAAUGCUGUCUGUUUUGAUAAGACUGGUACUCUGACAGAGGAUGGUUUAAAUAUGCAGGGAGUGGUACCAGUCCAUAAUGGAAGUUUCCAAGGUGAGAUUACAAACAUGCUGUUGCUGGAGAAAGGUCUUUUAAUGGAUGCCAUGGCAACAUGCCAUUCUCUGACCUUGAUUGAAGGUCAUCUCAGUGGUGAUCCCCUAGAUCUAAUCAUGUUUGAUUCCAUUGACUGGGUUCUUGAAGAAACAGGGGAAGAUAACAGUAAAUUUGAUAUGCUCGUACCAACCAUUGUUUACCCAAAAUCAUCCAGGGAGCACACCAUGACAGCCGAGGAGCUGAGCAAUAUUGACAAGCCAGGUGUACAGCUAGGUAUCGUGAGGCAGUUUACAUUUUCAUCAAGUCUACAGCGAAUGUCAGUUAUAGUGAGAAGAAUUGGUGGCACACAGUUUGAGAUCUUUUCUAAAGGUUCACCGGAGAUGAUUACUUCGCUGUGUCAGCCAGAUACAGUUCCUGUUGAUUUUCAUGAUGUGCUGACAUCAUACACCCAGCAUGGAUACAGAGUUCUUGCCCUUGCCUGGAAACAACUUCCAAAUAAGUACAACUAUGUGAAAGUUCAAAGAGUGCAAAGGGAGAGAGUGGAGACCGGCCUUACAUUCCUGGGACUAUUGAUAAUGGAGAACAAACUUAAGCCAGAGACAACCCCUGUCAUAGAACAACUAAAUGAAGCCAACAUUAGAACUAUCAUGGUCACAGGUGACAACAUGCUGACAGCUAUCAGUGUUGCCCAUGAUUGUAAAAUGGUAGGACUGACAGACAAAAUUGUAGUUGUAGAGGCACAUAUUUCAAUGAAAGAUUCUACUGUCCCACAGAUGUGGUUUGUUAAUGAAGACAGUAAUUCAAGAAUUGCAAAAGAGAAUUUCUUCAGUAGUGAAGAUGGUGUUACAGGGAUACAGAUAGAGGGAGAUAACUCUAACAUCAAGUUUGCCAUGUCAGGUAAAUCUUGGGAGAUUGUCAGACUUCACUUUCCAGAACAGUUACAGAAGAUACUGGUACGAGGUGUGGUGUUUGCGAGAAUGUCGCCGGAACAGAAAGCACAGCUUGUGGAGGCAUUACAAGGUCUUGGGUACUAUGUAGCUAUGUGUGGAGAUGGAGCCAAUGAUUGUGGAGCUCUGAAGAUGGCACAUACAGGAAUCUCCCUGUCUGAAGCUGAGGCCUCCGUAGCAUCACCAUUCACAUCAAAAAAUCCAAAUGUUGAGUGUGUUCCCACUGUUAUAAGGGAGGGCAGAGCAGCACUGGUGACCUCAUUUGGUAUAUUCAAAUACAUGGCAUGCUACAGUCUCACACAGUUUGUGUCUGUUCUCAUCCUGUACAAGGUUGAAUCUAACUUGACAGAUUUUGAAUUCCUGUAUAUUGAUCUUAUUCUUCUGACCUCACUCAGUGUUACAUAUGGAAGAACAGAAGCAUACCCCAAACUUGUGAAGGAACCACCCCAGCUACGUCUGACCAGCCCCGCCCCAAUUAUGUCACUAAUACUUCAGAUGCUUAUACAAAUAGCUGCACAAGUUUUCUGUUUUUACAAUGUCCAGCAACAACCCUGGUUUGUACCACAUGUACAUGAGGAAGAGUAUGAUUAUGCGAGUUACGAGAACGUGGCAGUUUUCUCCGUAUCUGUGUUCCAGUACAUAGGUCUUGCCAUAGCCUUCUCCAAGGGUGCUCCAUACAGGAAACACAUGUUCUCUAAUUAUCUGUUUUUGCUCAACAUUGUGUUAUGCUUUGCCUUCAGUUUCUGGCUAACUGUCUACCCUAUUGACUGGAUGGUGGAGUUCUUUGAGCUUCAGCCUCCACCCAGUGUGUCAUAUAGACUUGUGUUCUUUGGUGUGGCAAUCAUCAACUGUAUUCUAUCUAUCUUACUAGAGACAUUCCUUCUCGACCAUGCUGUUAUCAGAGAAAAGUUCCGGCGAAUGAAGGAACGUUGGUUCCCGUCCCUCAAGUUUGAAUAUAGCGCCAUUGAAGAGGAGAUAGUAUCUACACCAGGGUGGCCACCUGUCGGAGGAGAUCCUAUUACAGCUCUAUAUCGGGAUGAUGUCAGCUUCUCAGAGCUGUAUCCGCAGGAGACGGACAAAAUGUUGCCAGGUAACGCAGACUCAAACAACAGUUCAGCGUAUUGCUCAUCACAAUCAGUUGGGUUCACACCAAGAACGUCAACAAGUGACAAUCCAUUUACAUCUGCAAGUUCAAUUGUCAGUAUGCCUAAAAGCUCAGCAUCUGAUGCUGGUGAGGGAAGUAAGUUAGCUUCUGGAACCAUAGCAGAAACUGCGGAAAUGGAAGACAUUCCUGGUGAUAAAGGGGAGAUUGCAGGAGCUGUAGAUUGGAGAGGAAGCACAGAAAAUACACUUUUGGUUCAACAAGAGGCAGAGCAGCCUUCUAGAUGACACUCUUGUGUCACUGGAACACUAUAUAUAAUGGCUUUGUUUUAGAUAGUUACUGGAUAUUUGUCACUGAUGUAUGUGAAAUGGGCUUUCUUAAGACAAAUACUUUUUAUUGGCUUUAUUUUAGCUGCAUAUCAUGUUGAGUGAAUUAGGGUCAUCAGAGUCUUCAUGUUUAGACUAGACUGUCAGUUAAAAUUUCAGGAUAAGAACUUAGAUGUAUAUAAGUUCAGGUCUUGCUCACAACCCCAGAUUUGUUUUCACUAUAAUACCGGUAUUAUUAUUAUAUCUGCAUCACUUUUGUUUCUUGGCAGAUAAUUGUUCAAAGUAAAAUUCAUGUACACUUUCUUUACUUAAACACAUAUAACCUGCUGAUAUAUUUUUGUUAGGAGCUGUCACCAUUCCAAUAAGAAUUUGAUUCAAAUAUGGCAGACUAAAGGUUAAACAUGUUGUUGCUAGGAGCUGUCACCAUUUAAAAAAAAAAAUUGAAUCAGACUUCCAAUUGUUUCACUAGUUCUGUCUAACACAUUGCUGUUUUUUAAGGGUUUUUUUACAGGAAUUUUAUUUUCUAGGUUCUAGAGGAGUUAAUUUACUAAAAAAAAACUGGACUAGAUACAUUUAAAGAUAAAAUAUCUGUCCUGUCUUCAGAAGUUAUAUUUCAUUAAUUAUGUCUAAUGAGGGCACAUUUUUAUCACAAAUUGCCAUCCCAGUUGUCUUUCAUGAGCUUUCCAAAACAAAUAUCCAACUGUGAAUUUAUGUUGUAAAAGAUUUAUUUAAGUUUAAAUGUGUCUGUUUUGAAUGUUUGUGAGGGGUAUACUCAUUUGCCCUUAUCCCACAGUCUGUAUUUUCCUUACACAUGUUUAAGUUGAUUUUUCCUUACACAUGUUUAAAUUGAUAUUUUAUCAUGCAACUACUAUGCAAAGUGCCUGAUAUCACUUGCCUGAUAUUUUAUUUUGUUAUCAGGUCAUUGACAAAGAAGGUUGUUUCAGUCAUAUGCACAAUAAAUAGGUGAAACUUUCACGUAAUGCAUUACUUACAUGGACUGCUUUUAGCCUGACUAUUCAAAGAAUAGGUAAUGUUAUUGGACUCACCCCUGCAUCAGUGUCCACAUUGGCGUCUGUAUUCCAGUUUGAGUUUGGUUAAGCUUUUUAUGUGAGCUGGUAUCUCAGAAACCUUAUAUGGCAAUAGAUUGGAAAUUCACACACUUAUUCACAGUGAUAAACUGACCUACUUUGCCUAGGUUCCAUACAUGAAGAAGAAUUGACCUCAUGACCGAUAUGGUAGAAAAUCAAUAUCAAGGGAAACAACAACUGUACGGUUUUGGUAACGGGUGACCAGCAUUGCGAUGUCGAUAUUUAUUGCCUCUGGAUAUUGUCAUCUGGAUGUUUAUUUUGAUUUCAAAAGGUUUUCCAUAAGAAAUUGAACAAGCAUAAUUGACAUGCCACUUUAGUUACAAACUAUGUAAAGGGAGAGACUUUAUAUAAGAAAUAAAGUCAUUUUUACUGAAACAAUAUGUAGUUUCUUAUAUGUAAUUUUGUAUUUUUGUCUUUCAAGUCACAAAAUAUUAAUUAAUAAAACAAUUAAAUUUUAGAGUUGACAUUGUAAAAUCAUGUUGAUUUAUAAUUCUGUGUGACAUGUAGUAUAUGUUAUCAGAUGUUUCAGACCCCAGGUUUAAAUACCUAACUAUGACCUUGUUAGAUUUUUACAACCACGUCCAUUUUUAAAACACAAAUGUACAUAAUAUAAGUUGUGUUUCUUGAAAACGUUUGAUUACAAUUUAUGCUAUUACAGGUGAAGAUUUUAUUUCUUUUACUCUAAAAUGGUGAAAUAUCAUAUGUUUAUCAAUUAAAGUGGAAAUAUGUGCUUUUUUAAAAGUUAAAUCCAGCUGAAGUAGAUUAUGUUAGUAAAUAGGGUGGAUUAAAUUAUAGUUUUUAACCCAAUAUACCAAACUCUUUCUGGUACCAGUACGAAAGUAUAUAUUUCAAAAUAUGAGUUUUCUUAUUUUGACUGGGGCAGACAUUUUAAGAAAGUACAUCUGCAUGCAGGAGUUGCUUCCCUUCAGCUAUAGAAAUCUCUACCUGUAGGUAAGGGAGUUCACUGCGUACAAGGUUAAGGAAAAGACCUGUUAUCUUAUUAGUCCGAUUUCCUGACUUCUAAAGCAUCAACUUCUAAUACUUACGCUGCACUAUCGUUAAUGUAACACAUUUAAAUGCACAGCAACCUAAAAUUGCUUUUAUGAAAAAUUCACCAGAAAACACACUUUGUGCAGUAAGAUGCGCAUAAUGCCACUUUAAGUAAUUCUUAAGAAAUCAGGAAAGUAAGAAAUUAAAUGAAUAAAAAAUUAUGGUAUGUUUGUAGAAUAAGUAAAAGGGAGACUUGUGUCACCCUUGGUGCAAUUGAUCAUUUUCUCUUUCUUUUAAAAAAAUAUUGGCAAUCAGCAUGGUACAGGUAUUUUGCCAUAUUCAGUGUGAAUAUAAUUUCACAAAUUUCACCAGACUGUUGCAAAAUAAUAAUAAAAAAUGAUUCGAAAAAGUAAAAUGGCAUCAUAAUUAUAUUCAAAACACAUUUAUAGCCUUACCAGUGUUGUACUAUGUCUGUGUUGUUUUAAAGCUCCUUAUUUAGUGGUAAUUAGGGGCCAAUUAAACAAAUAUAUAUGCGUGUUUGAUCAACAAUUUCUAUCAGCUUCAUUAAUUAAGAAAUGACAUUCAUGUAAAAUUAUUUUAAAUUAAACAUGUACAAUCAAUUAUGAAAGUUUCAUAAUGAGGUAAAGAAAAAAAUACAAUUUUCAUGAUAACUGAAAAGAAAAUCAUGAAAUUAGUUUAAAGUUUCACAAAAGUAAAAUUAUAUUUCCUCACAAAAAAAAAAAAAGAUCAUUUCUUUCUCAUUUCAUAAAAAGUUAGUUGAUAUCAUGAAAACAUACGUAUUAUAUGUGUUAGCAUUAGCGCGAGCGUCACACAAAUAUUUUUAAAGACAAUUGAGAUAUUGCUUUGAUAUUUUGCUGUUUGCUUGUUUUAUAAUUUUAUCUUCAGAAUUCAUGCUUGUUUACCAUCAUGACCCCAGUCUGUAAACAGGAGGAGGCAACUCUAUCAAGCAUUUUGACUGAAUUAUGGCCCCUUUUUGACUUAGAAUAUACUUAUUGUAAUGUUAAAGUUUUACUUAUAGCUUAUAUUAUACUAUGAAGCACUGAGAAUAGUCGAGCAUGCUGCCCAUUGACAGCUCUUGUUUCAUUUGUCUUUAUUUGGUAAUGCUGUGCUGCGUAGUUUUGGCAAUUUAUUAUCUAAAAACUAAAAAUAAAUUUAUUCAAAAUUUUAUAUGUAAAUACCUUGCAUUCCUCACUUUUUCUUCUCCAGAUAAACCUUUUAGCAUUGUAUGGCCGAUAGAAAACUUUCUUGUGGCAUAAUUGACACUGAUAUUUAAAAUAAAUUAAAUAAGGUGAGAACAACAACAAAAGAAGAAAUGCGCAUCUCCUUCUUUUUAAAGCUAAGCUAUUAAUUGCAAUACUUAAAUGAAUUUCUUAUGUUGUAAAACUUGUGAUAUUAACACAAAAGGAAUUAUAACUAAACUGAUUAAAUCAUUUACUUUAACCUUUUGAUCACGAUACCGCAUGUGCGGCAUUAAUAUAUCGUCAGCAUACGACACUACAACAACAACUUCGCACUGAAGUUAAUUUUUCUUCAAAAUCAGUGGAAAUUAACAGUCUGAGAACAUGUCAAAUUUUUAUUUUACAAAAAUGAAAUAAAUAGCAUUCAGGAGAUAAAUUCAUUAAGAGUAGGAAAUCAUUUGCACCUAAGCUUUCAUAAAAGCUUUCAUAUAAAUGGUUUUAUACAAAAAAAAAAGCUUUAAACAAACACCGGUUUGAGAUUUUUACACAUUUUAUAUGGAAAAUAGAAUGGAAAAAAUGACGAAAUGAUGGCAUUAAACAUCAUGUUAGGAACAAAAUCAUAAAUAAAGAUAAAAUUUAAUUUGUAAAUAUCGUGUGAUGAAUCAAAUAUUGAACUUUGGUAAUAUUUUUGCACCUAAUAUUAAAUAAAAUGUGUGCAUGCCCUUCUUAAUUCUAUGUAGAAAAUCUGACCGCUAUCGAUUAUUGGCUGGAGGAAUAUUCCUCAGUAUGACUAUUAUGCGCUUUUACAGAAUUAUGCCACUUUUUUCGACUUUUUUUGUUUUGUUUGAAUUUUUAUUAACUUUUUGUAUAUAAGCUGGUAUCUCAGUACACACUUAUGAGAAUGGAUGGAAACUUCAUACAUUUGUUCUGUCACAGUCUGACAUGCAGUGUGCAGGUGCCAUAACUCUACUUCGCAUUUUUACAAAAUUACGCUCCUUUUUCUACAUAGCAGUUUUUAAUCCCCUGCCACAAGUGGUGGGGGUUUAUAGGAAUGGUCCCCGUCUGUCCCUAACACUUUCGUGUCCGCUCUAUAUUUCCUAAACCUCUUAAAGGAUUUUCAUGAAACUUGAGUCAAAUGAUCACCUUAUCAAGACGAUGUGCAGAACCCAUGAGUCAGCCUGGUCGGCUCUAGGUCAAGGUCACAACUGCAGGUCAAAUGUUUGAGCCUUCCAUUUUGUGUCUGCUCUAUAUCUCCUAAACCCCUUGAAGGAAUUUUAUAAAACUUGGGUCAAAUUAUCACCAUAUCAAGACGAUGUGCAAAACCCAUGAGUCAGCCAUGCCGGCUCAAGGUCAAGGUCACAACUUACAAUGAAAUGUUCGAGCCUUUGAUUUUUUGUCCGCUCUCUAUCUCCUAAAACCCUUGAAGGAUUUUAAUCAAAUUUGCGUCAAAUAAUCACCUCAUCAAGGCAAUGUGCAGAACUUAUGAGUCAGCCAUGCCAGCUCAAGGUCAAGGUCACAACUGAAGGUCAAAGAUUUGAGCCUUCUAUUUUGUGUCUGCUCUGUAUCUCCUAAUUCCCUUGAGGAAUUCAUAUGAAACUUGGGUCAAAUGAUGACCUCAUCAAGGCGAUGUGCAGAACUUAUAAGUCAGCCAUGCCGGCUCAAGGUCAUGGUCACAACUGAAGGUCAAACGUUUGAGCCUUCCAUUUUGUGUCUGCUCUGUAUCUCCUAAUUCCCUUGAGGAAUUCAUAUGAAACUUGGGUCAAAUGAUGACCUCAUCAAGGUGAUGUGCAGAACUCAUGAGUCAGCCAUGCUGGGUCAAGGUCACAACUCAAAGCCAAAAGUCUAUAGCCUUCCAUUUUGUUUCCGCUCUCUAUCUCCUAAAUCCCUUAAAGGAAUUUUUUAAAAUUUGGGUCAAAUUAUCAGCUCAUCAAAACAAUGUGCAGAACUUAUGUGUCAGUCGUCCCGGCUCAAGGUCAAGGUCACAACUUAAGGUCAAAAGUUUGAGCCUUCCAUUUUGUGUCCACUCUAUAUCCCUAAACCCCUUGAAGGAUUUUUAUCAAACUUUGGUCAAAUUACCACCUAUCAAGAACUCAUUAAUCAGCCAUGUUAAUUUAAGGUCAAGGUCACAACUCAAGGUCAAAGGUUUGCGCUCUGUAUCUCCUAAACCCCUUGAAGAUUUUCAUGAAACUUGGGUCAAAUGAUCACCUCAUCAAGGCGUUGUGCAGAAUUCAUGACUCAGCCAUGUCAGUUCAAGGUCUAGGUUACAGCCAAUGGUCAAGGGUUUACCAUUUCACUAUCCAUAGCAGUGGUGGGGGAUUUAGCUGUCUUUCAGACUGCCUUGUUGUUUAAAUUUUUGUACGUAAAGUGGUAUCUCAGUACCCACUUUUAUAUACGUUCAAUUGAAAAGGCUGUUGAAUUGCUGUCCUCCAACAGCUCUUGUUAAAACUGUCUGUUAGUUUUUUUUAAGAACACUGUUGGUGCUUACACAUAAUCAGAACAAAAGUGCAAAGACAUGUUUUGUGAAAGGAAAAAUAAUAAGCCGAAUAAACACUCACCAAAUGGUAGUGGUGGAAGAGUACCUAAGUUUCCUUGAUAAAUUAUUUACAACAAUCAUUUCUUGAUGAAUAAGCAUGGAACUACCUUGAGAUGUAUGCGACUUCCAUUUGUUCUGUGCUAUUUUUCUAGCUUAAAGCUACUUGCCCACAGUCUGGGUGAAAUUUUUCAGCAUGUUUAUUUCCACCAAGUUUAUUCCAGAAUGUAUAUAUGACACUGAAAAAAGUGUGAUAAAAAAAAAGUUAGAUAUUGGUAAAAAUGCAAGAAGAAUGCAAAUUUUCUGCAUUCUUUCAAAAUCGUUGCAAUGGUUUACUAGUUUCUGCACAAUAUUUUUGCUUAUUUAUAUAAUUAAGGAAUAUCUUGCAAAAUUCAUAUGUCAGUAAGUUUGUACUACUAGUCACUUUCAGAGUACUCGCCUUCUAUGGAUUUUUGAGAGAAAUCGAGAAUUCUUUCUCUUUUUUUUUUUGCUUAAAAUGUGUGGCUUAGUCCCUUUAAUGGCUAUAUAAGUCUACGUCUAUUAUAAUUUAUAACAAAGGUUGUUAUUAAAUUUCAGACAAAGAAAUCCAUUUGUAAAAUGAAAGCUUUAUUCAUUCCAGUAGAAAGUACCAGGUUCUAAGGUUAUUAAGGUCUGAUGUUAUUAUGGCAAAAACUCAGUAAGGAGAGCAUCGGUCUACAGACCGCAGGGUUGCGAGUUCGAUCCCCGGGCGGGGCGUAGGUUCUCCGUGACAAUUUAAUAAAAUACAUUGUGUCUGAAAUCCUUAGUCCUCCACCUAUGAUUCAUGUGAGGAAGUUGGCAGUUACUUGCGGAGAACAGGUUAGUACUGGUAUAGAAUCCAGGAACACUGGUUAGGUUAACUGCCCGCCGUUACAUGACUGAAAUACUGUUGAAAAACGGCGUUAAACCCCAAAAACAAAACAAAAAAACGACUUAUUAUGGCAAACAUGCAUCACAAGACUGGUUUCUAGCCUCAGUUGUAUACCCUUGGUACUCAAACAUUGAUUCAUCCAACUGAUCUCACAUAUCUUGCUAUUUAUGCUUUGAGGGUAAUUUAUUCAGUAUAUUUAUACCCCCACCAAACAUGUUUGAGGGGGGUACACAGGAGUCAGUUUUGUCGCGUCCCGUCCCGUCCCGUCGCGUCCCGAAAUCUAUUAUCUCAGUUAUUACCAAAUGGAUUUGAUUCAAACUAAAAAAUACAUGUUCCACCUUAUCACCCACAUCAUAAGAUACAAGGUGCAUAACUCUGACACCAAGUUUUCAUGAAUUAUGUCCCCUUUUACUUAGAAUUUAAGGUUAAUUUUGUUGUAUUUUCACUAUAUCUCAGUUAUUACUAAAUGGAUUUGAUUGAAACUUAAAAUAGGUGUUCCACCUCAUCACCCACAUCAUGUGACACAAGGUGCAUAACUCUGACACCAAUUUUUAAUGAAUUAUGCCCCUUUUUACUUAGAAUUUAAGGUUGAUUUUGAUGUAUUUUCACUGUAUCUCCGUUACUACUGAAUGGAUUUGAUUCAAACUUAAAAUAGAUGUUCCACCUCAUCACCCACAUCAUGUGACACAAGGUGCAUAAAUCUGACACCAAGUUUUCAUGAAUUAUGCCCCCUUUUACUUGGAAUUUAAGGUUAAUUUUGUUGUAUUUUCACUAUAUCUCAGUUAUUACUAAAUGGAUUUGAUUCAAACUUAAAAUAGUUGUUCCACCUCAUCACCCACAUCAUGUGACAUAAGGUGCUUAACUCUGACAUAAAUCUUUUAUGAAUUAUGUCCCCUUUUACUGUAAAUUUAAGGUUGAUUUUGAUGUAUUUUCACUAUAUCUCAGUUAUUAAUCCCCCGUCGUGGCAGAGGGAUUAUAGGAAUGGUCUGCGUCCGUCCUUCCGUCCGUAACAAAAUCGUGUCCGGUCCAUAUCUCCUAAACCCCUUGAAGGAUUUUCAUGAAACUUGGGUCAAAUGAUCACCUCAUCAAGACGAUGUGCAGAACCCAUGAGUCAGCCUUGUCGGUUCAAGGUCAAGGUCACAACUCAAGGUCAAAGGUUUGAGCCUGCCAUUUUGUGUCCGCUCUAUAUCUCCUAAACCCCUUGAAGGAGUUUUAUAAAACUUCGGUCAAAUGAUCACCUCAUCAAGACGAUAUGCAGAACCCAUGAGUCAGCCAUGCUGGCUCAAGGUCAAGGUCACAACUCAAGGUCAAAGGUUUGAGCCUUCCAUUUUGUGUCCGCUCUAUAUCUCUUAACCCCUUGAAGGAAUUUUAUAAAACUUGGGUCAAAUGAUCACCUCAUCAAGACGAUGUGCAGAAUCUAUGAGUCAGUCAUGCCAGCUCAAGGUCAAGGUCACAACUUAGGGUCAAAGGUUUGAGCCUUCCAUUUUGUGUCCGCUCUAUAUCUCCUAAACCCCUUGAAGGAUUUUCAUCAAACUUGGGUCAAACGAUCACCUCAUCAAGGCGAUGUGCAGAACUUAUGAGUCAGCCAUGUCGGCUCAAGGUCAAGGUCACAGCUGAAGGUCAAAGGUUUGAGCCUUCCAUUUCGUGUCCGCUCUAUAUCUCCUAAACCCCUUGAAGGAAUUUUAUAAAACUUGGGUCAAAUGAUUACCUCAUCAGAAUGAUGUGCAGAAAUUAUGAGUCAACCAUGCCAGCUCAAGGUCAAGGUCACAACUAUGGGUCGAAGGUUUGAGCCUUCCAUUUGGUGUCCACUCUGUAUCUCCUUAACCCCUUGAAGGAUUUUCAUCAAACUUGGGUCAAAUGAUCACCUCAUCAAGAACUCAUGAGUCAGCCAUGUCAACUCAAGGUCAAGGUCACAACUGAAGGUCAAAGGUUUCAGCUCUGUAUCUCCUAAACCCCUUGAAGGAUUUUCAUGAAACUUUGGUCAAAUGAUCACCUCAUCAAGACGUUGUGCAGAAUUCAUGAGUCAGCCAUGUCAGUUCAAGGUCAAGGUCACAGCUUAAGUCAAAGGUUUACCCUUUCACUAUCCAUAGCAGUGGUGGGGGAUUUAGCUGUCUUUCAGACUGCCUUGUUACAAAAUGGAUUUGAUUCAAACUUAAAAUAGUUGUUCCUACUCAUCAACCACAUCAUGUGACACAAGGUGCAUAACUCUGACACCAAUUUUUCAUGAAUUAUGUCCCCUUUUUACUUAGAAUUUAAGGUUAAUUUUGAUGUAUUUUCACUAUAUCUCAGUUACUACUGAAUGGAUGUGAUUCAGAUUUAAAACAGAUGUUCCACCUCAUCACCCACAUCAUGUGACACAAGGUGCAUAACUCUGACACCAAUUUUUCUUGAAUUGUGUCCCCUUUUACCUAGAAUUUAAGGUUAAUUCUGAUGUAUUUUCACUAUAUCUCAUUCUGAUUGGCUUGGAGCCAAAGGGAAGUAACCUUUUUUUAACUUUUGUACUGAGUUUCUUCCCCUAUUUUUAGAUUUUCAAUAUUUUAACUUUAUUAUUAUAAGUCCUAUGUAAAAAGUAAAUACAUUUUUCUGUGAUAACAUGGGUUGGUAAGACAUUUUUUUAUAUUCACUUUUAGUGUAUCUCUAAUAUUAGAGAUUUUUUAUAUUUACUAGUAUUACUAUACUAGUAUUACUUAUAUGUGGAAGCCCAGGAUGAAGUACUCCAAAGUAUUUUUAAGAUUUCUUAUGGUUGCCAUUCUUCUGUGACAAGACCGUAUGGUGGGGGUAUGAGUCACUCCUGUGACAGUUCUAGUUAGGUAUGUUUUGUUUUGAUAUUUUUAUGAUUUUUUUUCUUUUAAAAUGUUACAUGUUUUUUAUUAACUGUGUCACAUACAUUUGUGCAUUUAGUUUGUGUUAUAUAUUUUGUGUUCAGAGGAAAUAGUUGUACUGCCAUGACAUAUAUGCUGUGUAGAGACUACAUUACAGUUUGUGUAUUGUAGUUUUAAAAUAAUGUGCUGUAUUUAUUUAAAACUAGAUUUUAUUUUCUGUUUAUAUGCUAUUGAAGGGGGUUAGAUAUUUUUGCCAAUGAAAAAGGUAUAAUUUUAACAUCUGAUUCACCUCUUCCAUGAAAAGGAUUUUCCUUGUCGAUAAUUUUAAUUAGAAGACAAUGCCAUUGAUUUCAUAAUUAUUUCAUUCUAAAGAACUAUGAAGGUAGUGUUUAAUUUUUCAAAAUAUUUCGAUUAGUUGUUUUGAUGGGCACAUUUUCUUCAUUUAAAUCAAUUUUGAAUUUAUUUGUGACUGUAUUGUUAUAAUUCUUUCAGGAUAUCUUAGUACAUUUGUAUAAAGUAUAAAAAGAAUGUUCCAUGUAAUAUAAUUGAAAAAAGUCUAGAAAAAAGUUGUCUUUUCAAAAUCAUAAUUUUGCCUGACUUUGCAAUGUGAAAAAUACAUUUUUUAGCCAUAAAAUUGACAUUAUUGAAUAUAUUUUAGAAAUUCCAAAGGUCCACCUACUGUUUUUAGGUACUACCAUUAGAAUGUUGAAUAGUGUCUAUUUGGAUGUUUGCAAAAUAAACCAAAAUUCAUGAUAAAACCCUGUUAUGGAUUUAGGUUGAUCAAACUCUAAGUUAUGUCCAGCUUUAACAAUACCGUAGAACCUGUAAAUGAAGCACCAUUGGAAAACUUUGUUACUUACAGUUGCACAGGGUCUAGAUAUAUAUUCUCUUGUCCAUUUGUACUUACUGUCAAACUCAAACUCGUCGGGAUUGUCAAAAUUUGUUUGAGUUAUCGGAAGUUCCAGUCAUUGAACAAUAUACACAAUGCAGGGAUUGUGCUGGGAACUGACAAUGAGUUUGAGUAUAGGGUGGUAUUCAAAUUAUCCAAGUUCGAGUGAACAGUUUGCCUGCACAUCCGUACUUUUUGGAUAGUCAUAUAUUUAAUAUUUAUGUAAAUGAUGAUAGAAAAUUUUGAAAACAACAUAAUACUUUGUCUGAAUUGUGAUUGUCUGAAUGACAUUUUAUCGGGUAUCUCUGUUCAGCGGAAGUAACUGAAUAUUGGUAAAAUUGUUUUGUGAAAUUGUAUUUCGUGAAUGUAUUUUAAGUUUAUACAGAAUGUGUUUUUGUUUUCUUUUAAGGUUGAAAAGGGUUUAUUUUUUAGGGUAAUAGAUUAGUAUUAGGUUUUACUUGUAGGGUUAUAUAUUAGAAUAAAGCGUGACAAUAUUACGUGUAUUUGUAAGCUGUUUUUAUGUAACUCCUGUCUGUAAGAAGUUAAUUGCUUUUACACAGUUACUUUAGGGGUGCUACAAUUAUAUACUGGUUCUAUAAUUAAGGCAUUUAAAUACUGUUUUAUUAUAGAUAAAACAUUUGAAUGAAUUUUUGUUGUUCAUGUAAAUUCGUGUUUAUUAAAAUGCUUACUAGCUUGGGUAUACUUUAAUAAAUUGUGUCACCAAGUAUGAAAGUAUGUACAUUAGGAAAAUAGUUGAGUUUCUUUCACAAAUCUGGUUAUUAUUUUCAUCAAACAGUAUGUGAAAUAUGGCUAUUUUAGUAUUACUAACAAAAUGAAAUAAAACAUGUUCAUGAUAAAAAGUGA